UUCAUCUGUUAAUUCCUUAGGCGACCCUGGCAACAAUUAGUUUUGUUGUCGCGCACGUAAUAUCAACAUAUAAGUUUCACGAUGAAAACAGCCGUUCUUGGUGGCGGUAUCAGUGGCUUAUCAGCCGGAUAUUAUAUACUACGCAGAUUUGGCAAACCAUUCACAAUUUACGAGGCCUCGCCGCGAGUCGGUGGAUGGAUUCGGUCAGAAUGGCAUAAGAACCAGGGAUUUUUUUUCGAAUCCGGACCACGGACCAUACGGCCCAAAGGAUUGCCGGGUGCCAAUACAUUGGAGCUGGUGGAGGAGCUGCAACUGCCAAUUAAACCUAUACCCAGCAGUCAUGCGUCUGCCAGGAAUCGAAUGCUUUAUGCCAAGAAUCAGAUCUGUAUGCUGCCAAACAGUCCAAAGGGCUUAGUUAGCGUCGUGCCUCCGUUUUCGAAGCCACUGUACAGAGCACUCAUCCACGACUUAACCACAGCCGACAGUGUAGUGGCCAAAAACCAGGAUGAGUCCAUUUACAGCUUCGUGCAAAGAAGAUUUGGUAAAGAGAUAGCCGACUAUGCUAUUAGUCCAAUGAUUUGUGGUAUUUGUGCUGGCGACGCACGGGAGAUAAGUGUACGAUUCCUCAUGGAAUCCAUUUUCGAGCACGAACAAAAGUAUGGCGGCGUUCUAAAGGGUCUUUUGUACUCGCGCUUCAAUGAUAAAUAUAAUGCUCUAAAAGACAAAAUUCAAGUCGAGUCCAACUUAUACAAACGAGCUUGCAAAGAGAAGUGGGCCAUGUAUAGUCUGGAGGAUGGUCUGGAACAACUGCCGCGCAGCCUACGCAAGUAUCUGACAGAGCGCAAUGUGAAUGUCCAGUUAAACAGCAAAUGUCAUAAUCUGCGCUUCAAUGGUGCUGACAAAGCAGUAAUGAGCUUCAAAAAUACAGAUGUGCCAGUUUCGCAUGUGGUCAGCUCACUGCCCGCUUACCAAUUGGCGCAGCUGACGAAAGCGCAGCAUCCAUCGCUGUCGGCUCAACUAUUGAGCAUUCCUUACGUAGAUGUCGUCGUAGUCAACUUACAGUACGACAAUGAUCAAUUGUUGAAGCACAAUGGGUUUGGUCUACUGGUGCCGCCGGUGGAGAAUUUGCCUGUGUUGGGCAUAAUAUUCGACAGCUGCUGCUUCGACAUGGCUGGAAACACGGUGAUCACCGUAAUGAUGGGUGGGCACUGGUUCGAUAAAUGGUUUGGACAGCAACCGCCUCCAAGCCAGAAGGAACUGCGGGACGUGGCGCAGCAGCAAGUGCGCCGCAUACUGGGCAUUAUGGAGGAUCCAAAGUUCAGUCGGGUGCACACCUUGCACAAGUGCAUUCCUCAGUAUACCGUGGGUCACAAGCGACGCGUGCAGGGCAUCAGGGAAUACAUUAAAAGCUAUAAGCUGCCAUUGUCGCUGUGUGGAGCAGCAUACGAUGGCGUAGGCAUCAACGAUGUUAUUUUGUCUGCGCGCAAUCAAGUGGAUAACUUGCUGGAAAUCUAAAAGUAAAUUAGUGGUUACAGGCUUAAGGCUUAUAAGCAAUCUACGUGUAUAUCUGACUGGUGAAUU